AUGGAAGUCUCUGAGGAUACCGUGCAGAGGAUUCAGGAAUUCGUUCAGAACCGCCAAGCAGCGGAGAAGGAGUCCGCCAGAGAGCCGCUUAGAGCAACCAACCUACAAGCCUAUGCACACCGGCUCGAUGAAACCCUGCGUGAGCUACAAGAGCAGGUUCAACGCCAAGAAGAUGAAUUGAACAAGCUCCGGGAGAUUGGCUCUCAUGGCCUGUUGGAUAUUUCAAACGAUCCCUGGGUCCGAGUGGCGCAAGCGCGACGCGCGAAAAAGGCAUACGACUCACUGCUACAAUCAGAAGAUGAGCUUCCACCUACAGGUUCAAUCCUGCCUUCGCUCCUUGCAGUUGCGGAUACCUCUCAGCUCAUUAAGGAGAGUAAGGUAUCUGUGACUGUCACCGCAGAGAAGCUAUCAACAGAUCGUGAGCGCCUCCGAGUUGAAGAGGCAAAUUUACGGGACUCGCGCGCAAUCGCAAGCGGCCUCCGGGAACGCAUUCAGCAGAUACGCAGCACCAAUGCGCGCAAGCAAAAGCAGACGCCGUCCCAAGUAGCCCAAGACGUGGCCAAAGAGCAGAAAAAGAAGAACAAGGAACUGGACCGUGCUUCUGCAGCUCUGAAAGUUUCCCUUGACAGCUUCAUCGAUGAAACGCUGGCUCCGAUGCUUGCUGCUGAGGAUCUUGGUGGUCCAACUGUUGGUGAUGCCCUAGAGGUAUCUGACGCCACGUUGAAGGCGGGCUACACAGCUCAUGGAAACCCGAAGAAACCAAAGCAGCCAGCCGAGCCCGAGAAUGGCGCGCAGCAACGGAUUGAUCAGUUUUUGCAGCGCAAUAAUGACAGCUUGAACCUGACAAAUAAGCGAGAAGCUGCUGCAACCGAGGUGCACGAGCUACUGGAUGCACUGCUGGAGGCUGGAAACUCCUACGUGGAUCUGAAGCGCGACUCGGCAGCUUCAAGGUUCCUUGUCAGGUCCAAAGUUGCCCAGUUCCACCCGCGAGACGCACGCCGAUUACGGCUGAUUGACUUUGGUCGCUCGUUGGGUAACUAG